AUGUCGGGGCUCUCCCUCCCAGUUUUUUGGGCCGCCACCUGCCUGACGGCGCUCUGUGUGCUGUCUUUGGAUCCCAACACCACUCUGGUACCUAUUACGAACGAUACCACGACUUUAACGCCCACCACCACGAUAACUCCGACGAAUGUGACGACCCCAGCGCCGAACACCACUGCAUCUCCAGAAACCUGUGAAAGCCAGCACAAUUGCCUAUCCUGUUUUAAUGCUAGCAUUAUUGGUAAUGGUACCUGCUUCUGGAUGGAUUGUAAAAGCUACUGUUCACAUAAUUCAACAGCUAGUGGUUGCAGCGUGGUGAAUGGCACAAAAUUCUGUUCAGCUAAAACCACAACUCGGCCUUCCUCUACUACAGCUUCUACCAUAGUUCCUACAUCAGGUACAACAAAUUCCACUUCGACUCCAACCUCACAACCUGCGCGGAAGUCUACCUUUGAUGCAGCCAGUUUCAUUGGAGGAAUUGUCCUUGUUUUGGGUCUCCAGGCUGUAGUAUUCUUUCUCUAUAAAUUCUGCAAAUCUAAAGAAAGAAACUACCACACUCUGUAA